CCAACACACCAUACACAGUCACACACACACACACACACACACACACACACACUGCUGUCUUCUAUUUAAGCACAAUGUCUUCUCGGGGUCAGGACCCGCAGCUGGAGUGCCAGAUCUGCUUUCACUUCUACAGUAGCUGGCGGCGGCCCAAGCUGUUGGGCUGUGGUCACACCUGCUGCUCGGUGUGCCUGCGGCGCAUAUGCAGGGCCCGGCGGGAGCUUGCCUGCCCCUGGUGCCGCUCCCUCACCCUCCUCCCCAAGGGCCUCUCCGUGUCCGAGCUCCCCGAUGACCCACAGACGCUUCCCCUCCUGGUGCGCCAAGCGCCCGUGUUCAUGCGCCUGCCCGGCCACGACUGCUACCUGCUGCCCUUGGCGGUGGAUGCCCAGGCUCCUCUGUUGCCCGCGGAGCUUGCACCCUGCUUGGUCAGAGCCUGUCAGUUGAAGGGUGUUACCAUGGUGACACAUGCCGAUAACAGGAUGCUGGAUUUGGAGAGCGGAGGAGGCGGAGUAGGAGUAGAAGGAGAAGAAUACCAGAGAGAGGAGCAGGAAGUUGAACAGUCACGCUGGACAAAGGUCUGCACAGUGGUCCUCGUUGUCAUCAUCUUCCUCCUUCUGCUAGGCGUCAUUUUGCAAAAUAUUACAUGUGUCUCCAAACCUUUCACAAUAAUAUCAUGUGGAUAAAGCCAUAGAGGAGAUAGAUGAAGCCUCCACUGACUGUGACAAACGCUGCUGUAGAGAGGGUCUAAAGGACUAACUGCUCAUUCUUUUUUUACAAGGAUAGUGUUGCAGCACCAAGAUCAGGAUAGGAAGGUGGUGACGGGAUAUUUUUCUAUUUUCCAUUAUUGUAUAAAAACAUUCCUAAACCUAUUCCUGACCUGUUUAUAAACAUGUUCACAGAACAACACAGUCUUAACCUACAGUAUAUACAUAUAGACAAUGGCCACUGGUGAUUGGUACUGUUAUACACAAUCCAAAGACUGUUUUGUUUGUCUAUCUGAGAAUCUACUUGAAGAAAUGUUAGCAAUAAAUGUAUUCCAAGCAAUCAGUUCCAUACAAGUGUUUUAAAACAAUGAACUGUGAAAGUGUUCUUUUUCCCUAUUUCUGUAAACCUGGUAUUGAAGAAACACAUUGAGACAAACUGUUUUUUUAAAGGCCACCAAAAUAAACUCUGAGUAAGGUCCAUUUACUGUACAUAGGCAGAUA